AAUUUUACGACCAAUCAUGGAUCCCUUGAAUGCAUACGAAACUCACUCCCAACCGAUCACCGAUGAAGUUUUAGAAGCAAUGAAGGACAAAGGAGUCAGAACAGAAUUAGUGCAUGACCUUAGGGAAGAUCCUGGGUUCCACAAGUUCUGAAAUGAGUGGAUACCUCAACGAUGGGAGCCUGAAAAAGACAAUUCAAUGAAUUCUGACUCAAUUCUGAUAGAAUUAAUGCAAAGAAAUAUUGAGAAGAUGAAGCUUCCCUAUAGAAGGAAUGUUGAUGGAACAUUUGCAAAGAACGAGAAAGAUCUUGAGUCAGAGAUCUGAAGUAAAUUAUGCCAGAAGCAAAGAAUUCCUAUGAGGUUUUUCAAGCAGAGUGCUAGUUUGUCAUUUGAUAUGAGCAAAAGGAAAGACUCUAUUUUACUAAAGUCUAUCAACAAUAUACAGCUACCAAAGUGCAAAUUAUUGGCAAUUUCAUGUGCUUUGAAGCACAAAGACAUCAUACAAAAUUUUGUUUCAAACUCUUUCCCGAACGAAGUUGAGCACUUCAGAUUGAGUAACACCACAGAAAAUCAGAAUGGAUGGAAACUAAUCAGUAUUAGAUGCUAUAUAAAUUCUCUCUGCUCAAUGAAACCACCCUCAGUCUUGACUCUUCAAAAAUUCUAUAUUCCUCAGUCUCAGUUCACUUCUGUCCUCUUGUUUGGAGCUAAGACUUCCCAAAUAUCAUUUCUCACUUGCAAAUUUUGAGUAACCUCUCCUCUCAAAUUGCCAGAAUCAGUUAAUUUCACAUCAAAAGUGUUAGAUUUCGAUGGUUGAGGAUCAGCCCCAGCUGGAAAUUGGAAUGUAAAUCGAGGAGAUUUUGAAGAUUUAGUAAGCUGAUUAAAACCCCUGAAAUGGAUCAUUCAUGCAAUAUUCACAAAACCUUGUCGAAGGAUCAAGAUGGAAAUCUUACGUAAUCAAGGAGCCCUCCAUCUUCUAAAAGAAAUUUAACAAGAAUUAAUACAUUCUCCAAUUCAGAAUCAGGCUAAAGGGGUUUUGG